AUGAUAGGGCUUAUUGUAGUACCUAUUUUAUUUGCAAUAAAGGGCAUAGUAGUUGGCGUGCAAAAGGUAAAGAAAAAGUUUGGAAAGCACUCAAACACAAAGGACCAAAAAGAAGACAAGGACGAAGAUAAACGACAAAGUAUUUCUCAAAGAAAACAGCAUACAGAAUGGCCAAUAGAGGAGAACCGGAUCCAAAGAAGAGCACCGAAUCAAUCUGCUCUCUGA